CCAACUUCUUGAGCACGUGCAAACAGCCAGAGAGGCAAAGAUUAAGACACUUGGCUGGGCUGGCAUGGCAAAGAAAACCAAAAAAUUAUUAUUUAAAAGAAAACAUUUCGUUUUUGAAGGGAGGAAAGAAAGAAACUCGGGAAACAUCAACAGCAACAACAACAUUUGACAAAGUUGUUCUUCUUCUUCUUCAAAGAAAACCCUUUUUCUUUACUCAUCGCAAGGUUUUUGUUGUUGGGUUUUGGAAACAUCAUUAACUCAACAAGAACAGCACAGCCCGGAUCACUUUAGUUAUCAUUUUUGGAAAUCUAUGGAGCAGCUUGUUAACUUCAUAAUACGCCCUCCCAGAGCUGAAUACAAUCCAGAAAGUGAUCUUUUGGAUGAAGAGUUCAUGUUGAAAGGGAAAUGGUAUCAGAGAAAGGAUAUAGAGGUUAAAAAUGGCAGAGGAGAGGUUCUACAGUGUAGUCAUUAUGUACCGCUGGUUAGUCCUGAAGGGAAACCUCUGCCCUGUGUGAUUUACUGCCAUGGAAACAGUGGCUGCAGGGCUGAUGCCAGUGAAGCUGCUAUUAUUUUGCUGCCUUCAAAUAUUACCGUUUUCACUCUUGAUUUUUCAGGAUCUGGGUUAUCUGGAGGAGAGCAUGUCACCUUGGGUUGGAAUGAAAAGGAUGAUCUGAAAGCUGUAGUUGAUUAUCUGCGGGCAGAUGGAAAUGUCUCUUUGAUUGGCUUAUGGGGCCGCUCAAUGGGUGCUGUUACCAGCCUAAUGUAUGGAGCUGAGGAUCCUUCAAUUGCGGGAAUUGUUCUUGACAGUCCUUUUUCUGACUUGGUCGAGCUGAUGCUGGAACUAGUAGAUACUUAUAAAUUCCGUUUGCCCAAGUUCACUGUUAAGUUUGCAAUCCAGUUCAUGCGAAAAUCUAUCCAGAAAAAGGCAAAGUUUGACAUAACAGACCUGAACACCAUCAAGGUGGCGAAAUCUUGCUUUGUUCCAGCACUGUUUGGGCACGCUAUUGGUGAUGAUUUUAUACGCCCUCAUCAUUCAGAUCGAAUAUUUGAGGCUUAUAUGGGUGAUAAGAAUAUUAUCAAAUUUGAGGGAGACCACAACUCUCCUCGUCCUCAGUUUUACUUUGAUUCCAUAAAUAUCUUUUUUCACAAUGUCCUGCAACCUCCCGAGGAUGAGGUGGGGGCAACACUUUAUGAUUCAAUACAUGAUUAUUUUGGUAAGGGUACUCGGGCCAUCCCUGAAGUAGGCUUUUUCCCAGAUUCAUCAACUGCAUCUAAAGCAACUAGCAGCACAUCAGAUGCCAUUAACCAAGUUCGUUCCAAAAGACCUAUGAGUCGAACAGAGGUUCCUUCUGAUAUACCAUCUGAAGAACAUCUCCCUGGAUGUCAGGAUAAAGAUACCGUUGAUAAUGGUUCAUCAUCAUCCAAUAUGAUAAGUUUCGAAUUAUCCAAUGGUCAUCCCUUUGACCCACAUGUGGCAACAACAAUGGAUGAUGAUCAGUACGUAGAAUAUCAACUGGAUGACUUGACAGGCUUCCCAUGUAAUGUGGAGGAAGAAGAGAGGAUGUUUAUGGAAGCCAUAAUUGAGUCCUUAAAGGACUUAGAUAUGCGACAACCUCAGACAGAAGAGCAAGCCAAGGCUUGUGCUGAUUCUUCAGAGUCUGCAAAGAAAGAUGAAAUAAAUGGCAGGGAUACUUGUUCCACCACGGAAAAGUCCAGUUCCUUGCCUCUAGAAUCCACUUCCACUCAAGUGGUACAUGAUCAGGUACCUUUUGAGACACAAUCCACCUUAGUAAUCAAUGGCUCCAAUGUUGGCCUGGAGCAUGCAUCCCCUGAUACUAGCGUGUCAUCUUUGGGACGUGCAUUUGAUAGACCUCCGUCAACCGAGGAAACAGUGAGCACAUCCUGUGCUCGAACUGAUUCAUCAGCAAGUACCCAAAGUUCAUCUGAUGCUGACAUGUCAGGUAGCACAAAAGCCACUGUAACAGUUGUAAGGAACCCCUCUAAUAACAUCAUGGAUGGUUUGAUGCGUCGCUGGGAUCUCAACUUCUUUCGAAACAGUCGAUGAAUGGUAAGAUGAGCUUGUUUGAGUUGCCUGGGGGUUGUAUUAUUUUUGUAACUAAGUAUAGGAUCCGUAGCUUUGUAAAAUGUUACAAAAAAAGGGGGGGGGGGGGGAGAAUGACUUGUGAUGUGCUAAGAAAUUUGGUUAUAGUGUCAUUGGCUUUCAUUGUCUAUUGUUUUUAAUUUUUGGUGGAAAAAGAUGUAAUGUUUUUUUUUUUUACUAUUAAUUUUUAGGCACAAUUAAGGGAUUGUAUGGCAAUACCCAUUACCAAAAAUUCUUUGAUUUGCUCUGAAUGUUAUAUGGUUGAUGAUAUUUGCUUUUGCCAUCUUCCUUUUCAUUUAUAUAUGUUUGAUAAUUGAGAACGGGAUAAAAUUAUUAGGGACUGAAAUCUUGUCUUGUCAGGUGAGUGGCUCAUUUUCGUUUUCACAGGCAAGGUAGGCUGGACUUUUACAAUGUUGAAACGACAGCGAUUUGGUAGGAAAUAAUUAAGCAACAUGACAGCUUACUUUUGAGCAUAUGAAAUGGUGGAAAGUUUGGGAAUCAACUCUCCAUCGAAGGUUUCUCCCUGCCAAGCUUAGGAAGUAACUUUCCAAGAUAUACCCCGAAGCUUCUCAUCCAUAGAAGAGGCCGAAGAGUUUGUCAACUCUGGAAGCCAACCGAGUUGUCAUGCAAUAGGCGCCUUUCGUGCCUAGGGCACUGACCCCUCGAUGCAAUAGUCAAUACUUUAGGGAUCCUGGGAACCUUGAAGCGGUCCAAACAUUUCGAAGACACAUGCUUUUUGUCCGUACGGCAACCUUGGUCUCUCUUUGUUAACCUGGUUUAUUUUCCUCAUUUGGAACCUCGACAUUUCAAUCACUUGUGUAACACUCCAAAUUUUUGGUACAGUAAAUGGUACUGCUCUAAGACUCAAUACAAUGAAAUUUUGAAGAGAAUUUGAAAACAAGUUCUAUAAAUGAAGUCUUAAAGAA